AUGUCGCAAGAUCCUGAUUCUCAGCUCUCGCAAGGCUUCCUUGCCCCUCCCGCAGAGAUCACCGGCCCCGCAACCCCCAUGCUGCGUGCAAGUCUGUCUGCAUCGCCAGACUUGAGCGUAGGAGCUGAGAGCCAAGCAUCGCAUUCCGAUCAGAGUAGAUCUGUAUCAUCUCCAUCGCUACCUUCGUCCGACAUGACGCCACCGCCAUCCUCGCAAAUUCCCGGGGCCCCUCGCCGACGUUCAAGAUCCUGUUCAAGCUCAUUGCUAGCUUCUCCCCCCGAUAUCGAAAAGACUCUCUGCGUUGCAUAUGGCGCUUCAGAAAAUCUUCCCACGGCUGACGACAUUGAUACGGCCGAUGAGUCGAAGCUCCGGACGAUUGCAAAAGACCUAUUAGGCGUCGCGCAAGAGGCCCGCAUGUCGGCUCUUCACUUCAAGCUACAGAACAGUCUGCUGUCGUUUACAAGCAACGAAGCUAUUAAGCGUGCUGAGGUCGAGCAUAAACUAGCGAGGAGAGAAGUUGAAAUUAUCCAGAGCUCGGAGUAUCGCAGCCGUCAUUGCCAGCCAGAGAUCAGAAAAGUGCAACAGAUCUCCAAUGUGGAGUUGGAGCUUGCCCUCAAGCGCAAUCAGGAACUUGAAAGAGUGAAUACGACACUUGAUCGACGGCUGCGUCGGGCCAAGAAGCUAAUCGAGCAAGAGAGGGAGAGGUCUGAACUUCUCAAAGAGGAAAAUAACCUGUUGAAGGGACGUAUCAGAGACAAUCGAAAGCAUUUCUCUCAAAUGAUCGAACAUUGUCCGAUGUCACCUAGCCCCCAGGCAGAGGUCCAGGUUUCUCAUCGGAGAACCUUGCCUCAAUUUGCGGACCACAAUGGCCAUCAGAUGAACGGGAACGAUAGCCACAAUCCGUUUGCAGCGCUCCUUGCCGCCGACCGUGUCCUCAACCAUGAAUCUCCAAGUGUCACAUCCACACCACACAGACCCCGUACCUAUAAGCAGCAUAAUGAUAGUCACAUGCGUGGAAGCCAUUCGCUUUCUACCCUUCCCUUAACACCAUCCCGUGCUCGGAUGGCCCACGAAGGGAACCAAUACAACACACCAGGGAGAGAGUCUCAUGACGGCCACCGCGAUAGGGACAGUACGAUAUCGGCAUCUGACAUCGAGGAAGCAGAGAAUGAAGAAGAUAUCCCUGCGUCUGAAGCGGGAGCUCUUGCCAGCAGCAUGCUUCGUUCCCACACUUUCAGCAACCGUCGGGAAAGCCGAGGUCCAGCGAGUGCACCCAAGUCCAGCACUCUGUUGCAAACCAAACUGUUCGGUCAAGUGAAGAAAGCUGGUGUUGAGCGGCCCCUGAAUGGUCUCAAACGCAAGGCGAGUUUUGAUGGUGCGACUCCGAAGAAAGCGAAAGCGGAGGAAAGGGUGGGUCUCGGCAUUGACACAUGGAAUAAAUAA